AUUUCUAGCCAGUGGGCGGGGGAUUAAGGCUGCAUCACGUGGUCUCUUUAGCUUCUUUUCCACACAAACACACACCCUCAUUUGCCGAGGGCACACACACACAUAUAUCCUCUCACAUACACACUCACAGCUGUUGAUACUUCUCUGUCUCUCUGAUAAACGCCUUGAAGCAGAGCCCACAGGAUCCUGAGAGAAUCUGCUGUCUGCCGGCAGCUCGAUCAAACAGCAUCUACACGGAAAAUAUGGAUGGACAAGUGAACCGACCGGUUUUCUGAUCGCUCUCACUUUUAUAUCCCGCUUUUUUUUCUGUCUCUCUCUCGUCUUCUCUGGCUUCUCCCUGGGACUCAGUGUUGGGAUUUGAGCGCAAACAGCGAACACUGAAAAACAGAGACAUGUGUUUUGCCUCAGCUGCCUACUACUACUGCCUGUUCUCUCCCAUUCACUGACCAAGGAGAAAAUACAAGGUGAGAGUCGCAGCGGCAGCCAUAGAAAACAACGAGUGAGGUGAAGCAGACAUGAGUGCAAACAAUCAUCAGGGGGUGGUGACAACUCCUCCCCCGCCCAGCGGAGGGACUAAGGAGCGCUACUUUGACCGGGUCGAUGUCAAUGAUCCAGAGUACAUCAGGGCCAGGAACAUGUCGCCUGACCUUCGGCAGGACUUCAACGUCCUGGAGCAGAAGAAACGUGUCACACAGAUCUUACAGAGCCCCGCCUUCAAGGAGGAACUGGAAAGUCUGAUCCUGGAGCAGCAGCGGAAGGGGAACAACCCCACUGGCCUGCUGGCCCUCAGACAGAUUGCUGAUUUCUUCAUGGCCAGCUCAGUGGCUGGCUUCAACACCUCUCCUCUCAGUCUUGGGAUGGUCACUCCCAUCAACGACAUGUAUGGAGUAGAGUCAGCCACGAUGGUGAAAGGCGAGAAGAUGACCCGCUGUAAACUGGCCAGCCUCUACAGACUGGUGGACCUGUUCAGCUGGGCCCACUUCUCCAACUGCUACAUCACAGGUAGAGUGAGUAAAGAGCAAGACCACAUCCUUAUUAUUCCCAGAGGACUGUCGUUUGCAGAAGCAUCUGCAUCAAACCUGGUCAAGGUCAACAUCAUAGGGGAUGUCAUUGAACAGGGCUCCACCAACCUGAGGAUCGAUCCCACGGGUUUCAGCCCCCACUCUGCCAUCUACUCCAUACGUCCAGACAUCCGUUGCAUCAUACAUGUGCACACUCCUGCCACUGCUGCUGUGUCAUCUAUGAAGUGUGGCAUCCUGCCCAUUUCCCAGGAGGCACUGAUCCUGGGUGAUAUCGCCUACUACAACUACCAAGGCAGCCUGGACGACCAGGAGGAGCGCAGAGAGUUGCAGAAAUCCCUGGGGCCUACAACAAAGGUUUUGGUGCUGAGGAAUCACGGUGUGGUUGCUCUCGGGGAGACCAUCGAAGAGGCCUUCCACUACAUCUACAAUGCCCAGUAUGCCUGUGAAAUCCAGGUGAAUGCUAUCUCGUGUGCCGGUGGCGUGGACAACCUGAUAGUGCUGGACCAGGAGAAGUACAAAUCACGGGUGUUUGCAGUCUCUGCAGCGGCUGCUGUCAACAUGGGCGGCCAGUACAAGUGGAAGAUUGGCGAGCUGGAGUUUGAGUCUCUGAUGAGGAUGCUGGAUAACCUGGGUUACAGGACAGGGCACGCUUACAGGCACCCAGUCGUGCGAGAGAAGCCGAGGCACAAGAGCGACGUGGAGAUCCCCGCCACGGUCUCCGCAUUUAUGUUCGCAGAGGACACGGAUGGAGGUGCCACUCGGCUGCCCUUCAAGUUCCUGCAGCAGCGGCAGCAGAGGGAGAAGACGCGCUGGCUCAACUCACCCAACAGCUACACCAAAGUCAGCUUAGAGGGCGGAGAGGAGCGCUACAACAGCCGGACAACCACGUGGAUGAAGGCAGAGGAGACAGGAACCCCGAUCCGGAUCGAGGACCCCAAUCAGUUUGUCCCUCUCAAUACAGACCCCAGUGAGGUGCUACAGAAGAGGAACAAAAUCAGAGAUCAGAACCGGUUAGAUGUGAUGACGUCAGGACCGCGCUCUCAGCACCUUGCAGGCAUCCCUGUUGAUGCACCACGACGGCCAUACGUGCCCACAGAGGAGGAGCAGAUGGCUCCCCUGCCUCCCAACCCUUUCAGUGAGCUGUCAGAGAAGGACCUAGAGGAGUACCACAAGAACGUGGAGAGAAGGCAACUGGGCCUCAGCGAUGGAGAGCACGAGCUAACCUCCGACGACGGCUCCACUCUCUCUCAGUCUCUGUCUCUCACCCAGUCCCCACAAAGCACUCCAGCUAAAGAAGAGAACCACACGGGCCUGAUGAACGGCAAAGACAACCACGGCGAUGUGGACGAGGAGCUGUCCAAGCGUGUCAGCCAGCUGACCACCAGCGUGGAGAGCGUGGAGAUCACCGUGCGCUCCGGCGAGAAGAUCGAGGAGGCGCUGUCACCCGAGAGCUCGCCCUCCAAGUCCCCCAACACCAAGAAGAAGAAGAAGUUCCGCACCCCGUCCUUCCUGAAGAAGAACAAAAAGAAAGAGAAGACGGAGGCCUGAGAGCCGACGGGCAGCGGGGGCGAGGCAGAAGAAGAAGGAAGAGGGGCAGCAGCCACCUUUUCAGUUUAAAGUCUGUGUUUUUAUUUUGUCUCUGUUGUUUUUAAAUUUUAUUCCACUUGUUUUUUAACAAAAGGUUUUAUGUUCAAGAGGCAAAGGAAUGGAUUACACAAAAAAACGAAUUGGUUUGUAACUCAAAAGAAAGUUCUCUCCAUCUGCAAAAAAGACAACAAUGACAAGAAGAAGGUCACAAAUUAAAGGUGCAACAGAUGUAGGCUGAGUUUGAUGGGUGCUUGAUGUCUGCACACCUGGUCACCUGUGCAGCGCUCUAACAGGGCUCCUUAGAAGCCAUCAAGUGUCACUGAGGCCACUUUUUAGAUCCUGAAUAACUGGCUCCCCCUGUGUUGUUUUCCAAGGCUGAAAACAGAACUUGAAACCAGCUCGAGUAAUUCUCAAAAUCCAGUUUUAUUGAACGAUUGGACUGCAACUCGAGUGUCGUAAAACUGCACAAGUUGAAACUAAACCCUUUCUUUCUUUUAAGGUUGCGUUUUUACAUUCUGGUCAGCUGAGUCCAUAUAGGGAGCUGAGAGGAGCAUGAAAUUUGAAGUCACACUGGAAAACCGGUCUUAGAAAAACAGCCGCAGGGCUUGUGUUGAUUUAUUUGCUGUGAGAGACGCUUUCUGUCAGCCUCUCACAGCCUUCAAGCUUGUUGAAGUGCAGGCCUCUGAUAGACGCCUACUCUUCAGCUGAUUGUGGCUGAACUGCAGAUGAGUUUAAAGGGUCACUAGACAGGAGAGAUGGUGACGCUGAAGGCUGGCGGUUUAUCAUAACUCAGCUGACAUUAUCUCAACGAGCUGCUGAUUCACGCAGAUUAUUUAUGUAGCAUUUUCAUAUGUUUUCCUCUUCAUCUCAGUUUUUUUUUGUUUUGCCAAACUAAAUGGAAGAAAAGAAGAAACAAUCUCAUUUUAGCAAAGCGUCUUUGUUUUUUGUCUACUUUGUCAUCUCAUGAAUUUGAUCUUUGAUCUUUGAUCUUUUUUUUUUUUUUUUUUUUUUACUGAACCCAAAUUUGGUAUUAGUCGACUCUGUUUUGUACUCAUUUCUAAGCUUUUCCAGAGAAUACAGAUGUUACGCAUGUUUUCUCUUUUUUGCAAGACCUGAAUUUAUAUGGCUGACUAUGUUCUGUAGUGAUGCCUGAUUGCUCAAAUUAUAUUCUAAUCUUCAGAGUACACAAAUUUACUAUAUAACACAGAUAUAUGAAAACUGGAUAUGAUGGAUAUAGAUUUUUAACUAUAUAUAUUUUUUAUUUUAUUGUGCUGCACUUUUCUUGUGGUAUAUAACACAUUUUAGUUGCAGGUGGUUUCACCAGUGAAGGAGAUUGUGAAGUAUUUGGUUAAAAGUUGUGCAAGUAGAAAAGCAAGGCCUGGUGUUGGAGAAAGAUCAGGACCCAGAAAGUGAGUCGAACGAAGGAAGAAAGAAUAGUCUUUCAUUGGUGUCACACAUGAGAAAUCAUCUCCACUGCUCAACAAAAAUAAAAAAAAAAAACAAAAAACAGGAAGUGUAGUGCUGAUAUACGUCAAACUAUCUGCAGUCGCCGG